AUGGCCAUCUCUGUUCCCAACUCCUGUAGCCCGACGCGGCUGGCUUUUCUGGACGAUAAAGGCGGAAAUCCGCCAAAGCAGAGCAUGUGGCACCGGUUGGGUUUGCGAAAACUAUGGCAGGGCCGCGACGAUCAUCGAGACACGUCUGCCGGGGAGAGUCAAGAUGAGAUUUCUCCCCGUCCUUCUUCUGACAACUCCCGCAAACAAGACAACUUGACACGUCGACUCUCGCGAAAAGUCGGCGUUCUACCACGAACCACUCCCUUUAAGCGACAGAGCUCCGAUCUCGAGCGACUGGCUCCUCGGGAACCCGAUCACCGCCGUGCCCUCUCCGCCGACCGUCGCCCCUUAAGUUCCCAGAGAAGCAGGUCUCCACCGCCAACCGUGGGCCCCAGGCAGUCCGCGCCCGAGGUUCAGUGGCUCGGCCCGGCUCCCACAACCACGGUCGAUGACGCCCCCGAACCAGAAUUGGAAACGAACGAUGUCCAUGAGAUUAACGAUGUCUCCGAAAAUUCGAACCCCUACCCCGAAAUGACGACGGAUAAUUUCGACGCUCCAGAGGAGGAGGAGGAGGAUGACCACACAAUCGAUCUGGAUAUGGAACUGGAACAACGGUGGAUUUUGAAUCUGAGCAUGCAUUUCCGAGACGGGUCAGAGCGGGAGAAAUUCUUUGUGACGUACGCAGAGACACCGAACCGAUGGCGCCGAGUGACGAUUUCCUGCGAUUACCACGAUGCACCGCCAUAUUCACUGGAGCGGGAACUGAAGGAACUACGGUAUCAACGAGACAAAUGUGCACGGAUCUACGAAUCCAUUCGCGAGUCCCUUCUUGCGAUCCAAUUCUAUGAAGGUGUCACGAAUCUCAGGCUCGAGACGAGCGAUGGCCGUUUACACGUUCAUGUGACGGAGGACGUAAACGAAACAAUUCCGUACCCUCCCAUCUCCAGCAUCAGGCAUUUGGUCAACGCUCCUAUCAUCCCCGAAGACUCGUUGCACUUCGAAUCUCAUUUAUCCGGCUUUGUUUACAAAAUAAACCUGGACGGACGUUUCUAUAUCAAGAAAGAAAUACCUGGUCCCGACACCGUGGACGAGUUCCUCUACGAGAUUAACGCUUUGCAUGCGCUGAAAGACCGCCCAAGCGUGAUCCAGGUGGAAGGAAUUGUGAUCGAUGAUUGGCGAGGCGUCGUCAAGGGCUUGCUAAUUAGCUAUGCAGAAAAGGGCGCACUGGUUGACAUUCUGUACGAGCAACGCGGGAGGACGAGCUUUGCACGACGCGAGCGAUGGGCAAAGCAGAUUGUCCAGGGCCUCUGUGAGAUCCAUGAAUCAGGCUACGUGCAGGGCGACUUCACACUCGCCAACAUUGUGGUGGAUGCGGACGACAACGCCAAAAUCAUUGACAUCAACCGUAGAGGAUGCCCAGUGGGGUGGGAACCCCCGGAAAUUGCCGCUAAGAUCGAGAGCAACCAGCGCAUCUCCAUGUAUAUUGGUGUCAAAACUGAUCUUUUCCAACUGGGUAUGACGCUGUGGGCAUUGGCGAUGGAGGAGGACGAACCUGAACGACAACCGCGACCUCUUCGACUAGGCGAUGACGCGAAAAUUCCAGACUAUUACCGACGGAUAGUGGAUAUUUGUUUAAGUCCAACUCCGCGACAUAGGCUCUCUGCGAAGGAUCUUCUCUCUAUGUUUCCCCCACUGCCGGAAGCACGGGUAUCGACACCUGUUCAGUCGCUGGAGACCAUUACCAAUGAUUCUAGGCACUUGCCAAUUAGCAACUGGGCUCAGCCUCAGCCUGCUGGGCUUGGACUAACAUCGCCAAUGGGUAUGAUACAACAAGAUGAUCAUUAUUAUCCCCAAAAGGAGUUUUCGGGAGAUUCUUAUGGUGAUCUGCAACACCCCAUAUUCUCUGAAAACCACGACCUCGUCAAGCGAUCAACAAUAACUCUCGCAGAAUCCAAUGGAAACACGGGAUUCCCAUCUAAGCCAUCUUCUUCCUCUACAUUGAAUCACCACGAACCUCACAAUCCUAACGAGUACAUGGACUUUUCCAGCCAUUUCAAUGAUGGCUCGUCACCCUGUCUACCCUCUGACAAUCAGAAACCGGAAGCCACCCCAGUUUCUCAGACAAGGUCAAUGGGCAAUGGCUUCCACAACCACCCAGUGGAGCUACCAGCCCUCCCGAAUAAGUCUGUCUAUCUCGAAACUGCCCCCGUGGAUAAUCAGCAAGAGACAUCUGAUGAGCCGAUCUAUAAUAAUUCCCGAGCUUUCCUUGGCUCCACAGUCACCGCACCUCCACUCUCACCCCCAGUCAGCACAUCUCUUGUAAAGUCGCAGAAACAGGAGGCUCUGAAUCGACCAAGCCCAAGGGCAGUCAAUGACGAAGGUGACCUUGAAACAUCAGCUUUGCCCAUCAACCCUACUUUGCGUGACUCUGGUACAUCAGUUGGUCCUCGGGACAUCCCAUCUUCAAUCAAGCAUACAAAGAAAGACGGCGUGGAUCAGCCAUGUGCAAAGGCCACCAAUGACAAGGAUGAUCUUGAAUCCUCAUCUUUGCCCCUCAGCCCUACUUUCCGUGAUUCUGGGAGUUUUAUUGGCCUUCAGAACGCCCCUCGAUCGGUGAAAGCUUCCCCUAUCGAGCCGCCAAAACAGAAGUGCGCAGAUCUGUCCCCUACUUUCCGUUCUCCUGGAAUCUCCAUCGACGCUCCGGGUACCACUCCAUCGCUGAACCCUUUGCCUGUUAAACCGUCGAGGCAGGAUAACGUGGAUCAACCACGUGCAAAGGCUACCACCUAUAUCAAACCCGUACCUACAACACCAUCAGAUGCAACAUCUUCCCAACCUCUCCCGGCAUCACCUAUCAAUCCUACUCUAGCUCACCCUGGACCUUCACCCCAGCUUCCGAGCGCCCCGCAAUCAGUGAAAUCAUCUCCUAUCCAGCUACCAAAGCAGACUGAUUCAACUUCACCAUUCGCAAACACCGAUAUUAAACCCAAGUAUACUAAGCCAUCACCCUCAACAUCAAGUCUGGCCCGUUCGGGAUUGCCUAUCAGCCCAACCUUCCGUUCUUCCGAGACUUCCAUCAACACUCUAAGUGCCCCUUCACCACAGGGUCCUUCUCCUACUGAACCACCAAAGCCGGAGCGGGCGAUUAUGCCACGCGAUAACGACCUCACACCCACAUCUCCGUCAACACCGUCUCGAUUCUCUUCAAUGCACAUUUCGAGCCUUCGUCACACCGGGGCUUCCAUUGGCUCUCUAGGUACGCCAUUCGCAACAAGUCCAUCUGUCGUUGGAAUUGGACUGUUAAGGCGGCCUUGGGAAAAGCCAUCUGCAAACAGCUCAGAUGUCAAAUCCGCAUCGACGAUGUCAUCAGGGUCAGCCUCAUCCCUCGGAAACUCUCAGACUUCAAGGAAGCCAGAGAGUCCCAUUUCACCACUCAAAACAUACCCCCUCGAAGCCCAGAAGAACGAACUUUUAGACCAGUCCAAACAAAAGACGGCCGAUAUCAAACCUGCACUAACAAAUCCACUGAACCCCACCUCAAAUUUGCUGGGUUCAAAGUUGCCCAUCAGCCCUGCUCAUCCAAAUUCAAAGCCCAGUUCCACUUAUACCGAGGUUGAGAUGGCACGAGCUGUACAGGGCCCAUCUUCAAAUCAGGCCAAACCGAGCAGUUCGAGCCAGACACGUUUUCCCUCGAAUUGA